UUUGAAGAACAUUUCUGUCAACAUCAGAAGCACUGUAAGGUUCAAUCGCCAUUGUAAAGAUGCCUGAGUGACAGAAAAAGUCCAAGAUCUCUGCAUCCAGGAAGUUGAUGCUAAAGAGUCUUAUGGUAGCUAGAGCAAAGGAAGAGUUAGAGCAGGAACUUGCUGAUAAAGAGGCAGAGAAGGAGAGAUAUCUGGCUGAUAAAUCUCCACCACUACAGACCAGUGGAAUGUCUUUCGCUGAGCUUCAGGAACUAUGUCAAGAGCUUCACGCUAAAAUUGAUGUUGUGGACGAGGAGCGCUACGACAUUGAAGCAAAAGUGCUACUUAACACAAGAGAAAUCAAAGAUUUGAACAUCAAAGUUCUGGACCUGAGGGGCAAAUUUAAGCGGCCCACCCUGAGAAGAGUGAGAGUCUCAGCUGACGCCAUCCUGCGCUCUCUACUGGGAUCUAAACACAAGGUGUCUAUGGACCUGAGAGCAAACCUCAAGUCUGUGAAGAAGGAGGACACAGAGAAGGAAAAGACAGUGGAGGUCAGUGACUGGAGGAAAAAUGUGGAGGCCAUGUCUGGAAUGGAGGGAAGGAAGAAAAUGUUUGAUGCAGCACAAUAAACAAGAAAUCAGGAUGAGCAGAAGUUCAGAGGAGGUGACAAUGCUGGCAAAUAGACACACACCAUGUUUUGUUAUUAUGCUUCAAAGCUUCCAAGCAGGGUCAUUUCAGACCAUUCUGGUGCCCUAGGUGAGAUCCCUAUUGCAUAGGUGAACUAGGCGUCUCCUAGGGUGCGACCUGCUGGGGGGGGGUUUGGGGUGCAUUGCGGCGGCCUCCUCUCAGGUCGCACCCUAGGUGACAGCCUAGUUCGCCUAUGCCUAGAAACGGCCCUGCUUCCAAGCCUCAUAAAUACAAUAAAAGAAUGGAAUAAACACAUUAAAAUGAAA